CUUACGGUGGCGGAAUCCAUUUAUGUGUUUUAUGUGUUAAUUGUUGCAAGUGCUCUACGGAGGUGAGAUAACGUGCGCCCGCGUGUGUGUGCGCCGUAAAGUAAAAAUGUUGCCCGGUAUCGGAAUGUUCGGGACGGGCGAGGUGACGCACGUACUGGUGCCCAUACUGCGCGACAAGGGCUUCAACAUCGUGGCCAUCUGGGGCCGCACGGGAAAGGAGGCGGAGCAGGCGGCCCUCGAGCUGAAGAUUCCGUUCCACACGGCCAAGAUCGACGACGUGCUGCUGCGGAAGGACGUCGACCUGGUGUUCAUCACGUGUCCCCCGUUUUUGCACUCGCAGAUCUCCGUCAAGGCGCUCGGUAUCGGAAAGCACGUAGUGUGCGACAAACCGAUGACGCUGAUGCAAUCGGAUGCGGUCAAAAUGGUCCGCGCAAGCCAGUACUACCCGACGCUCAUCUCGAUCGUGAACCACUCGUUGCGUUUCCUACCCGCGAUCGCACAUAUGAAGCGCGCGAUGCAGGAGGGCUACAUCGGGGCACCUGGAUCUUGCCUCGAUCAGACGCUGAUCGACGUGAAGGUGCGGAUGGGGCCACUGUUCAACCGCAAGCGGUACGACUGGCUGUGCGACGAGUCGAUGGGUGGCGGAGCGUUGAACCUGGUCGGAAGUCACGUGAUCGAUCUGGUGAAGUUUCUCACCGAGCGCAAGGCGGUCCGGGUGCACGGUACGGUCCGUACGUACGCCAUGUACGCUUCGCACGCGCACACCGGCAUCCGACGGGUGGCAGCACCGGACGUUUGCACCUUUCAGAUGGAGCUCGAGGGUGAAGGCACCACGCCGACGCUGGUAACGGUCAACAUUAACUGCCACGAGUCGAACAAUUCCUUCCAGCAGGAGGUCGUCAUCUACGGCCCCUCGGGCCACUUGACCGUACGCGGCGGAGACCUCGUCGGGCAUCGGCUCAACCCGGACACGGGCGCCAUCAAGGAAGAGAUGCUGUACGUCGACGUGCAGGAUCUGCAGUUCUCCACCUCCGACACGGCCCUCCCAAGACCGUACGUUAAAGGGCUCUGCAAGCUGGUCGGUGCCCUCCGCGAUGCCUUUCAUCCGAACAAGGAAACCGCCGGAUGGAUCAAAGAGCCGGUGCAGGCGGCGGCCACCUUCGAAGAUGGGCUGUACGUGCAGGCGGUCCUGGACGCGAUACGGAAGUCGAGCAGCGAUCGUUGCUGGACCAAGGUCAGCAUCUCCACGGAGUCACCGACGAACCAGAAGGCGAACGUUCUCGUAAAUGCCGCCGCCCGACUCGCGUCCGCAUCAGCCAUCCGGGCCGACCCAAGUAUUAAUCAUACCGGUUACUUUUGAUCAAUCAGGCCAGGCCAGGCAUGGGGAAGGGGUUGGUUGGGAAUGCCCCUUUCCCGGUUCCACGUCUUUUUGCCACCUUUUGGCAAAUUUGCAUUUGGUUUUUGGCGCGAAACCCCGAAGAGCGUUUCAAGCGAGUAUUGUUUUUUUUUACUCUACAAUUUACCUAUUUAUUUGUUUAUCUACUAUGGUCUAAGUAUUGCCUUACGCGAACAACAAUGGUGUUACUGCUUUCGAGACCCCCCGCCCACUAUGGGAGAAGGAGUGAGGGGGAGGAAUUCCGCUAUUCCGCUUUCGGAGAGGAGUACAAAUCUUUACACAAUCUAUUUUACAAUGCGAACGAUUUAAAAUUUAUUUAUUUUAGCUACUAAUUUAUUGACCGUCCAAACACAAAAAAACCACUCGUGCGUUGUUGAUUUUGCUAGAUUUAUUGUUAUUUUUUAUAACAAAACAAAAAUCGUUUCUUUCUAAGCUCCAUCGAAUAUUCUCAUCUAUCUAUGUAUUUUCUAAAAAUCAUAAAACCAUUGUUCGUUCAU